CAAAAUUGGUUCUUUCCACCUGUUUGGUAUAAAUAUCGUACGAAUAAUGUAAUGCAAUAUCAUUCGAUUAUCAACCCUUUUAGUACUACCAACUAGUGAUCAAAACAGUGUGAAAUGGCUUUCAAAUUCUUGAUCUUCCUCGGUUUGGUUGCUGCCGCCAGUGCUGUUGUCCUGCCAGUUGCCGUAAAGCAUGUAGAAUACGCAGAGGCACCAGCCGAGUACCAGUUCUCAUACUCCGUGCACGACGAAACAACCGGGGAUGUGAAGAGCCAACAGGAGGAACGCCACGGUGACAACGUCGUUGGACAGUACACCCUAGUCGAUGCCGAUGGUUACCGUCGUGUUGUGGACUACACUGCUGAUGAGCACAACGGAUUUAAUGCUGUUGUUCGCCGUGAGCCUCUCACCCAGAAGCUGGUCAAGACUGUGGUUCCUGUUGCACCAGUUGCCCACCACUACGUUGCUCCGGUGCAGCAUGUUUCUUAUCCAACGUACUAUCACCAUUGAGAGGUGUGGCAAUACAAUAUCAUUUACUAAUAUGUUCCACGUAGCGCAAAUUGUUCAUUAGAGUAGGGUUUAUUUAUUAAAAAUGAAGUCUUGAUCAAACAAGAA